ACACCGGGCCUCCCACAGCCAUGAGGUCUAUCCGGUCAUUCGGGAACGAUGACCGCCACGUCAUGGCCAAGCACUCCACCAUCUACCCCUCCUCGGAGGAGCUGGAGGCCGUGCAGACCCUUGUGUCCACCGUGGAGUGCGCCCUCAAGCACGUCUCCGAAUGGAUGGACCAGCAGGCCAACCAAUCACAGGCUGCCAGCAGCCCGGACGACGACACAGACGCCAGCACAGACGAAUCCGCAGAAGGCAGCACCAAGGAGCCCGGUGGCGGAGUCCUGUGUGGGGUGAUACGGAUUGGCCUGGUGGCCAAGGGCCUCCUCAUCAAGGACGACAUGGACCUGGAGCUGGUGCUCAUGUGUCGGGAGAAGCCCACCGAGACGCUGCUGCGCACCGUCUCCGACAACCUGCCCCUGCAGAUCCAGAAACUGACGGAGGAGAAGUACGAGGUGCAGUGCAGCGUUCCAGAGGCAGCCAUUUUGGUCCAGAGCACUGGCGAUCCCAAACUCACACUGAAGGUCACUCUCACCUCGCCGCGGAUGAGAGAGGAGGACACCCCCACAGACGCGGCUGACGGGGCAGAUGCGGCUGACGGGGCAGAUGCGGCUGACGGGGCAGAUGCGGCUGACACAGAGACAGACACAGAGCGCGUUGAGCCGUGCGCGGAGCCGGAGGUGCUGGACAGAGAGCGGUGCCUGCUGGCGUUGGCGUCCCUGCGGCAUGCCAAAUGGUUCCAGGCUCGAGUGAAUGGGCUGAAGUCGUGUGUGAUCAUUCUUAGAGUUCUGAGGGACAUGUGCAACAGAGUACCCGCCUGGGAGCCCCUCAAGGGAUGGCCCCUGGAGCUGAUCUGCGAGAAGGCCAUCGCUACGUGCAACCGGCCGCUGGGCGCUGGAGAGGCGCUGCGCAGGGUCAUGGAAUGCCUCGCCUCCGGAAUUCUGCUGCCCGGUGGACCAGGUUUACACGACCCGUGCGAGAAGGAACCCACAAACACACUGGCCAGCAUGACUGACCAGGAGGCUGAGGCCAUCACGUACAGCGCACAGCAAUCUCUAAGGCUCAUGGCGUUCGGACAGAUCUACAAGGUCUUGGAAAUGGAUCCACUUCCCUCAAGUAAACCUUCACAGAAGUACCCUUGGUCAGAUAAAGAAGGCCUGGGACUGAAGAGACCGUACGAGGACGGGAUAAUGGAUGACAAAGACCUCAUCAAGAAGAUGAAACGCAACCUGAGAAAAGUUCUCGACAGUAAAGCAAUAGACUCGAACCAACCAAUGAACGCGCUGAUGCGGCUGAACCAGAUCCGGCCGGGUCUGCAGUACAAGCUGCUGUCGCAGUCGGGCCCCGUGCACGCGCCCGUCUUCGCCAUGUCCGUGGACGUGGACGGCACCGUUUACGAGGCCUCCGGCUCCUCCAAGAAGACCGCCAAGCUGCACGUGGCCGUCAAGGUGCUGCAGGCGAUGGGCUACCCCACAGGCUUCGAUACGGAUCUGGACUCCAUGAGUGCAGAUGAGAAGUCAGACGGGGAGGGGAAAAGCGAGUCGUCCACCAACUCAAGCAAUAACACAUCGCACUCCACAGACAGCUCCAACACACUGGAGGUACACAAACACAAACCGGAGGUGAGAACUCAGGGCCCCAUUCUGACAGCGAGCGGUAAGAACCCAGUGAUGGAGCUGAACGAGAAGCGCAGAGGCCUCAAAUACGAGCUCAUCUCAGAAAGUGGAGGCAGCCAUGAUAAACGCUUCGUCAUGGAGGUGGAGGUUGAUGGGCAGAAGUUCCGCGGCGCGGGACCCAAUAAGAAGGUGGCGAAGGCGAGCGCAGCCCUGGCCGCUCUGGAGAAGCUCUUCUCCGGCCCCAACGCCGCUGGCAACAAGAAGAAGAAGCUCAUCCCUCAGACUAAAGGGGCCAUUGCGGCUGCCGCUGCUGCGUCUGCUGUGGCGGCGCAGGCAGCCCGGGGUCGAGGCCGGGCCGCUCUCACAAGAGGAGCCUUCAUCAGCGCUGCCGCUCCAGGAUACGUCACGCCAGGCUUCGGGACUCCAUACGGGUACAGUGCGGCUGCAGCAGCUCCAGCUUACGGUUUACCCAAGAGAAUGCUUCUGUUGCCCGUCAUGAAAGUCCCCGCCUUCCCCGUCCCGCAUUACUCCUUCUUUUAGCUCAUUAGCCCACCAAAAACACACACACACACACACACACACACACACACAAACAUAAACACACACACCAAAAACAGAACACACACACACACAGAGACACAGACUUGUACCACAAGGUCAAUGAAGAGAGGAUUAGAAAAAAGUCCUUUUAUUUUUAUUUUGUCCUCAUAUCCCCUACCAUAUCAUCACACACACACACACACACAUGUGUAAAACAAAGAUAAGACACAGGAGAACAGGGGAUUAUAAGGACUUUGAGCAGAAGAUCAUUUGUAAAGUGCUUUUUUUCUUUGUUUUGUUCUUUUACUGUUUCCAUCUUUUAUUGAUAUAAAUGCAGGUGUAAGUUCUUUAAAAAAAAAAAAAAAAAAGACUUGAAGGAUUUGUACUGUGAAUCGUUACCUCAUUCUCGGAGUGUAAAUUAUACCAGCCUUUUUUGUCAUUUUUUUUUCUAUAGGAGGGAUUUAGGCCAUGUGAUCUGACAGACACAAUCUCUGUAAAAGUGACAGGCGCUGUGUGUAAGCUGUAUAGGUAUAAUGAAACUAAUGUUGACAAAUAAGGAUAAUAAUAAUAAUAAUAAUAAUAAUAUUAAUAAUAAUAAUAAUAAACCUUUAUCUCCUACCACAGCUGAGAUGCUUUCUGCUUGUGUGUCUGACUGUAGCCGUAGCACUGUAGAGAGAACAGGUGGUCACACCACUGUUAGCGACAAGGUCACAUGGGUUUUACAGGAAGUGAUGUCGCUCAAGCAGGGGUAUUUCCUGUCUCUACUGUCCAGUUUCUAUUUUAGAUUACUUGAAGUGGCAUAAUUUGAAAAUUAAUAGCAGAUCAUAGGCAACUGAGAGUGACAACUUGAUCAUCAUGUUUAAUAGUGUAGACAUAGACUACUGAAAUCGGCCACAUGAGCAAUAUCUCAGGUUAAGACUUUACCCAGAUCAUGUCAGUCACCUAAAGAAUGAGACUGGUUCCCCUGAUUUCAGGAUAAAUGAACAACCCUUCACCCACUGUCUGACUACACACACACACACACACACACACACACACACACACUAGGCAUCUGCUAUCCUCAUUCACACGGCUAUCAGAUAUGGCUGGUUAGUUGGCUGGUUCACCGUGUUCCUCUAUAACCUAUCCAUUCUUUGUCAACACCCAUUUGACACUGACACAUACACAUACACCAGCAAACCAGAACCCCACACUCAUAACUACCAGACGACACAAAGCCAUGUACUGGAGAAUCGAAAGCAGCAACAAGGGACCCCUAUGGAGACAUUGCUACCUAAUUGUUCUUGUUUUAAUUUUGUUGUUAUUUUGUUGGGUUAUUUGUUUGUUUCUGUUUUUUUCUCCUCUUGGUGAGCGUCUCUGUUGUCGUCUGUGUGAGUCGUGUCCUCUCCCAUGGGGCCAGCACAAGUUAACUCACAGCGUCUUGUCAUCGGCACAGUCCCUCUCUCCAUUUCUGUCCUCUCAUCAUCUUCGUCCUCAACCCAAGCCAACUCCUUCCUCAGUAUACCACUCCUCACAGCUAAACCUCCCAGCCCCAGCCAAAGAGUGAAGACUGCUGAGACUCUUAAAUAAAUGUCCCUUGGUGUCAGGUAUUUAUCAUUUUUCUGUUAAGACAGGUUUAGGUUAGAUUAGAUAAAGUUAAAAAUGUUAGGCCAUUGUUUGGAGAAAAAAAAAAAGUUAAAAAAUGUGAAUAUUCAGAUAUUCAGGAUCAAUAUUGAUUUUGGUCAAUAUUGACUUUGCAGUCAAGUCUAUUGGUCCUUCCCAGGAUGUUACCUGUAAGAGGUCCAACUCUUUGAAUGUUCUUUGUAGACGUCACUAGUUCUGUUCCCCUUCACAAUUGUGUCCACGGAAUCAUUAGUUAUUUUCCCCUGCAAGGCACUGGGUCUGUUUCCUUAUGUGCUCUCUAUUAGGGUCUUAUCAGAGACUCUUCUUCCACUUGAGGUGUUCAAUUAUCCAUUAAUGGAGUGUGUAUACCGUUAUCUUAUGGGAAUACAUCCUCAAGUAUGGUACAAUGGAAUAUGUCCUCAGUGGACAAUGGAAUGCAUCCUCAAUGGACAAUGGAAUACAUCCUCAAGUGUAAUAGGAGAGGAUGUGUUCCAUUGUCCCACAUACAUUGUGGAGUUGGUUCAGUUGUGGGUAGUUUCGAGAUGGGGGGCUCACUGUGGGUAGGUCCUCAGGUUCUGCUGGAUUCAGGAAGAGUAAAAGGGGAUGUGAUGGGGCUGAGGUAGGAUGGAGGAGGAAGGAUGGAGAUUGUUGGCUUGGGGAGUGUGGCUCUAUCGAGACAGGACGGGGUUUGUGCUGACCCAUGGCAGGGACGAGGCCAUCACUGACGAGAGAGAGAGAGCGAGAGAGAGAGAGAGAUCCCGGAACCCCAAAGGCAGUGGCUGUUUCCAUAGUAACUGCUCUUUUUUUGGUACUGGUUGGUUUUUCGUAUUCUGGGGGAUGUCCUUCCAGUACUAGAAAUAGCCAGCCCACGCUGUCUUCUACCUGAAUAACACAUAGCCAAUGGGUUGCUCCUUUCUCUCUCUUUCUCUCUCUCUCUUUCUGUGAUGGCAGCCAUUCUGCUGAACUCUCUCCAAAAUCACACUGGAUUUGAUUUGUCAGAGUUACAUACUAACCACAUUUGUCUGUACAUCCAAGUUGCCACAUAAAAAAAACCUUGUCCUCAUAA